AACAAAUUAGGCAUUAUUGGGGCGUUUUUCAUUCCUGAGGGGUCAUUUGGGGAGACUUGGAUGUACUUUGGGAUGAUUGGAGGCUUUCUGUUUAUAUUCAUCCAGCUGAUUUUGAUUGUUGAUUUUGCCCAUUCGUGGGCGGAGGCUUGGGUGGGUAAUUUUGAGGAAACGGAAUCCAAAGGAUGGUAUUUUGCGUUACUGGCAGCCACGUUCCUCAAUUUUGCACUAACCAUCACCGGUAUAGUCUUACAUUUUGUAUUUUUCACAAAGUCCAGCGGUUGCGAUUUACACAAAUUCUUCAUCUCGUUUAAUUUAAUCUUGGCCGUUAUUAUCAGUGCGGUGUCGAUUUUACCGGCUGUACAGGAAAAAUUACCAAGGUCGGGACUUCUGCAGUCGUCCGUUGUGUCCUUGUACGUUACUUACUUGACAUGGUCUGCAGUUUCUAAUUCCCCAGAUUCGGAAUGCAACCCAGGCCUUCUGGGUAUCGUGGGUGCCGGCAGCACCACCAAAAACCACCAGAUGGGUUUCGAUUCUGAGGGAAUAGUAGGACUUAUCGUUUGGAUGUGCUGCGUCUUGUACUCAUCCCUGCGUUCCGCUAGUCAGUCGUCGAAAAUCACCAUGUCCGAAAACAUGCUAGUCAAGGAUAACGGGGCCGUAAGGAGCGGCGGAUCGGAUCACCUUGUUGAAAACGAAGGUAAAGAUGACGGCGACACUGCCGAACGGGGCGAGAAGAAGGUCUGGGAUAACGAGGAAGACACGGUUGCGUAUUCGUGGAGUUUCUUCCACUUGAUGUUUGCCUUAGCCACGUUGUACGUGAUGAUGACGCUGACCAACUGGUACAAGCCGGACUCGAGCUUGAACAAUAAGGCCAAUUCGGCGUCGAUGUGGAUCAAAGUCAUCUCGAGCUGGCUCUGCUUGGCGUUGUAUGGGUGGACGCUGGUCGCACCGAUUGUGUUGCCGGAUCGCGAGUUCAAUUAAUUUAUCCGUUUCAGUCUGAGAUGAUUAGAUGUGUGAUAUUUUGUUGUUGCUAUAAAUUCGUCUAUCUUUUAUUGUGUGUCGUUUCUUGUUUGAUUUUAGGAAGCACCGUGAAUUUCGGCUUGGAGGUUAUGAGCUGCGAAUUUUACUAUCGUGUAUUCUUCCCUUAUUCUAAUGUUGUGAUCAAGUUAGAUACAAUUUUGUAUUACAUGCAAAUAAGUAGAUGUAGGUGUUACAGUUCUUUGUAUAUUAUUUUUAAAAAUGACUAGAUUUUUACGGAGGUACAUUGCAUAUUCAUAUAAUUAUUGGUAACUAAUAAAGUUUCGAAACACGUA